AACAGGACAUGUAUGCAUAUCGGAACCACCAAAUUUGGUCAACCAACGUAGUAAGCCUCAACUAAACCUGACCAAUCAAAUGAUCCUAAAUCACCACACACGACCACUUCUCCCGGGCUUUGAACGCACAAAACACGUCCAAAUCUCAAGGCUCAGAUGACAACAAUUCAAAGUCUUCCAUGGAUGCAAAAAAUUCUCAAAGAGCAGAUCAGAGACUCGAGUGGUUGACCCACCACCAACACCCUCAGAGCCGGAUAUCUUUCUAAAGACUCUCUGAAUCAAUUUCUUGUGCUUCUUUCUCAUCUACCAAAGCGUCACCCUAGAUUCAUCACAUCAUAAUAAACAAAAGAUUCUUCAUUCAUGCAAUCCCAAGCCCUUCAAGUCCCAAACAAAAGCUAAGAGCAACAAGACAACACCACGUAUCCAAGAUCCAAAAACCAUGCAUCGAUCGUUCAAUCACGUCGCCUCCCUCGCUUUCUUUUUCCUUCUACUCUCUCACCCCGGCUAUGCCGCCAGAAUCCUCUCGGACCCCGUGCCCGAAUUAAUCGCUGAUGACGCCGAGAACGCCACGUGGCAAGGCUUCGCCAAGUUCUUAGACGUUGGCCAGGGUGCCGAAGUCCCCGGCAUGUCGGAGCUCAAGAAGUACUUCAACCUCUUCGGCUACCUCUCGGUCCCAGAUUCCAACUUCACCGAUGUCUUCGAUGGCGAGCUCCAAUCCGCGCUGAUCGCGUACCAGAAGAGGCUCGGGCUGCCGGUCACGGGGAAGCUCGACUCCAAUACAGUGUCUGCGAUCACGACGCCGAGGUGUGGCAUCAGUGAUGCCGCUGCCUCCCAUGCGCUCCGCGCCACCCGCCACUACGCGUACUUCUACGGCAAGCCGAGGUGGGCCGGCGGAGCGCCCGCGAACCUGACCUACGCGUUCUCACCGAGCAACAUGAUAGGCUACCUCAGCAUGGGCGAGGUGAGGGGGGCUUUCAGGAGGGCCUUCGCGAGGUGGGCUGCAGUGAUCCCCGUGAGCUUCGAGGAGGUCGAGGACUACGGGGCGGCCGACGUCCGGAUCGGCUUCUACCGGGGCAACCACGGCGACGGCGAGCCCUUCGAUGGGGUGCUGGGGGUGCUGGCCCACGCCUUCUCCCCGGAGAACGGGCGGUUCCACCUCGACGCGGCCGAGACGUGGGCGGUGGACUUCGACAGGGACAGGUCCAGGGUGGCGGUCGAUCUGGAAUCGGUGGCCACGCACGAGAUCGGGCACGUGCUCGGGCUGGCUCACUCCUCGGUGAAGGAGGCCGUGAUGUACCCGAGCCUGAGCCCGAGGACGAGGAAGGUGGACCUCAGGAUCGACGACGUGCAGGGCGUGCAGGCCCUGUACGGGUCAAACCCGAACUUCAAGCUGAGCUCCUUCUUGGAAUCCGAGAAGUCACCCUCCGACCGCUCCUCCAUUGGCUUGGGGACGAUGAGGUUGUCCAAGUGGAGCACUACUUCUUUGCCACUUUCGGUGCUCGUCUUGUUCUUGUGCUGAAGAUAAUCUGUGGCCACUUAGCUUAGCUUAGCUUUGCUUUGCUUUCUCUUUGGGGGAAUCUCAUUAUUCGUUUUGACAUUACGGGGUAUAGAAAAAAACUAGGAGGAAUUUCACACAUAUGUGGAGGUGAGAGAAUGCUUUGGGCCUCCCUAAUUUGUUCUCCCAUUAUUAUUAAUGAAUACACCAUUUUUUUUU